UGCGUCUACAGGGGGUUUGAUCUUUGAACUUCUUCAAAUUUCCACAAAACAGUUAGAACGAUGUCGACGGAUGCGCCGUGCCCCAUGGCUUUUCAAACCCAGCGGUGCACUGUUUUCGGAUUUUCACAGGAACUAGACUGGAGACCUUUGUACUUCGCCGAGCCCAUUCCAGCGCACAGAAUAUGCGACGGAUGUGGUUUGCUGCCCAGAGUGACCGUCUUUCUGCCGUGUCGACACGUGCUGUGCAAAACCUGCUACGAGCAGUGCGUGGUCGACGACCAGCACUCCUGCCCACUGGACGGUGACGCUUUUCUUGAUGAAGACGUUCAGUGGGGAGACUUUCCUUUGGAGAACCUGCUGAAGCGGAAGGUCCACUGCUGGAAUAAAGAAUACGGUUGCGAGAGUGUGAUGGCUGCUUCGGAGAUCUGCAAGCACUUUCACCAGGAUUGUGACCACCAUUCCACCUGUUGUCCUCGCUGCACAGCAGUUGUCCGCUGUCGCAGCGUGCGGGCACAUCUGCAAAGCAACUGCACGGACUACGUUGCUUUUAACAAAGACGCUGGGCCGGAGACAAGAUGCAGUGAUCAGCAAGCAAUUUUGUUGGCUUUGAAGGCAACCGUCGAGGAGAGGGUAGGCGAAAUGAAAGAGAGACUUGACACUUUGUCAUGUGAAAAUAGAGUGCAAAUUGAUAGAACCAACGAGCUGCACCAGUGUAUAAACACAUUGAAAGAAAUGUUGCCACAGCCAUCGGAAAAUGCCACAAGCCAGGAUGCGGCUCCCCAGUCUACAAAUAACAUGUCUGCUAUUCAAGGAGACAAUAAUAAUUUUGUCGCAGAAGCUGAUGUGCCCUUCAACAGGAGCCAACUUGUAGAAGAAAUGAGCACUUUAAAUGAAGCACUGAGCAAAGCUAUGAAUGCGGAAGCCCAGAAGACGUCAGAAAUGUUGGAAAAGAAUGAGUGUGUCAUAAACAAUCUUCAUGCACAGUUGAGACAACAGUUAUCGUCUGAUCGCGACAUCCUUAAGAGUAUUUCCUGUGGUGUAAUCAAACUGAACGAGACUUUCGGGAAAGAACUGGAACGAGCCACAAAGAGAAUUGGCGAAACUGUGACUGCAAACGAUGCUCGUGUGGUUGCCAUAAAAGAAUUUGAUACGAAAGUAACAGACCAGCAAAUGAGACUUCUUGCAUUCAGCACUAAAAAUUUAAAGCGUUAUACAUUUUUUAUUGACGGAGUCAAAUCACUGAAAAGAUCAGCACAAGCAGAAGGCUUCUGUACUUACUAUGUCGACCGGAUAUACCUCUCCGGCUACUGCAUGUCGCCAGGUCUUUACUUAAAAAAAAGUGGCGACUCAGUGCGGCUGCAUAUGUGCAUUCAGCUUUACAAGGGAGUAAUUGAUGAAUUUCUGCCAUGGCCUUUCCAUAAAGGCACACGGCUGAGUGUCGCGAAUAAAUCGACAGAUCAACAGCGUCACCUUGUGAAUAAAGCUUCCCUAGGCCUCAAAGGUUUUUGUCGACCUGGCACGUCAGUUAACACAGGAGUGUACUUUCCUGAUUCUUCGUUUCUCUUGGAAGAUCUUGAACGGGAUGGCUAUGUGGAAAACGAUGUGCUGCACGUUACAUGGGAGCUUUUGCCAACAAAUCCUUGAACAUAAAUGCAAGCUGGCGCCUUUUCACCGUUCCUCUGUUAGUGUAAUAGAAGACGGCAGCAAGUACUCAACAUCUGUUGCUUAGUUCCCAAACGCAGAUAUCAUGCCUUAGUUGAUGACAGUAAGUGACUGCGGAAUAAAGCACCCUGUUUGUA